AUGCAGUACCAGCUAGCCCACGACGGUGGAGUUCCUCCUCGGAACCGCGAGCAGUUCUGGGACAACACGCCCUUCCUGGAGAUGCGAGGGGCCGAGCGCUCGGUCCUGAGGAGCAAGCCGGGUGCCAUCAAGACGCACCUGCCUUUCGACAGGCAGCCGUACUCGCCGCAGGCUAAGUACCUGUAUAUCACACGCAACCCGUUCGACUGCUGCGUGUCUUACUACUACCACACCAAGCACCUGCCGGGCUACUGCUUCGGACAGGCCACGUUCGACGACUUCUUCGAGCUGUUCAUCACGGGUGACGUCGAGUUCGGCGACUACUUCGACCACCUGCUUUCGUGGUACGCACACCGGUCGGACCCCAACGUGCUGUUCCUGACCUACGAAGAGCUCAAGCGGGAUACAUCGGCUGCGGUCGUCAAGAUCGCCGGCUUUCUCGGUGAAGAGUAUGCCGCGAGGCUGCGCCGAGAACCAGCACUGGUAGGCCGUAUCCUGGAGGCCGCGGCGCUGGGAAACAUGAAGAAGGUCUUCAAUUCGUGCGACUUCCCCGUCACUGAAGAGCAGAAAGCGGCGAGCCUCAAGGAACAAGAACGCCAAGCCGCAGCGAGCGUGGAAGAACUCGUCCGGAGGCCCAUGACGGGCGAGUUUGUCCGCAAGGGCGCCGUGGGAGACUGGAAGGGACACUUCUCCCCGGUGCAGGUGCAGAGGAUGCUGGAACGCAUCAGAGUCAAGACGGCAGGAAGUGACGUCAUGGACUUGUGGAAGGACAUCGACAUUCCCCGAUGAC